GGCAGCUGGGUGAAUUGGAUAUGGGCAGGGAGGAUGAUCGGCACAGCUGGGGGGCAAUUACUGGAAUCGAUCCCCUGUAUGGUUCUCUCUGCAGCAGCUGUAAGCUGGCUUCUUCUCCUUUCCCUCCCACUGGCUUUCAGCUGAUGCAGAGAGAGCCAUAUAGGGGAUCGGUUCCAGUAAUUGCCCCCCCACCGCACCAAUCACCCUCCCUGUGCACCAUACAUUUCCCCCUGCUGCCCAAGUUCCCCUUGCUUCCGGCUUCCCUCCUCUCCUUCUCACCAGUAGCUGCAAGCACACAAUAGGAUCCUUCAUGAUGGACAUUAUAGGAAGAUAAAAUAUGUUCACAUUUAUCAGCCCCUUAUUUCCCUGAAUUA